UCACCCUUUCUCUUACCUUCCAUCACACGUCUUCUUCUUCUUCUUCUGUUUAUGUUUCUGGUUUUUAUUUAGUUUAAACAAUAAUGUCGGCAGAUCCUGGAACACUCCAAGAUUCGGCGAAAACAAAAUUACCCAAACUAAACAUUCCAUCUUCCAAUCAAGAAAUCAAGAAUAAUCAAGACGAGAGCAGCAGCGAGUGUUCAACGCCGACCUCGGAAGAAAACAAGAUCCCGGUGGUUUUGUCGUGUCCGGGGGCGCCAAGGAAACCUAGGAAAACACUUGUUUCGUGUAAGCGGAAGCUGUCGGAAUUCCACUUCUUCGAGACCUUCAACAGAGACGAAGUCGAUGCGUUUUUCGAAGCUGGUUUUCAUGGUCCCAUCUCUAAAAGAAGGUGCCCACGUACAUGAAACUAUUAUUAUUAUUGUUAUAUUUGCUUAUUUCUGGGGUUUUACAUGUAAUUUUAUUUAUUUGUUUUCCGUAUGCAUUGAGUUGAUA